CAGGAGCCCACGAGACGAAUACACGUCCGCCAUGUCUUCUUCCCUAUGCUUGUAUUACAUGAGAGGAUCAUGCCGAUUCGGCAACCGCUGCUGGAAUUCGCACGAUCUGGGAUCCGUCCGCUCCAACAGCCCGUACAUAGUUCAAGAUACGUCAGAUGAUGAAGGCAGCUUUGUUGUUGCCAUAGGAAGAGAAACUACUCCAGUGACAGCUUCACCAAGUAGUAGUGCUUCUAGACCCAGUCAAAAAAAUCAAGUUCCUCCCAAUUCAGCAAAUAAGUCAUCGGAAUCUAAAGUAACUGCAUCUCAAGAUAAAUGGAGCUUAAAAAAUAAUAAUACUGGGGAGGCACGAGAUGGUUCACCCGAUAGUGUACUUGUAGAAACUGUAAAAAAAUUAAAUGAAGCUGAAAAUUUGGUAGUAUCACUUCGUCAACAGCUGCGUGUUAAGAAUGAAGAAGACAAUUUCUCUUGGAUUGAACAUCAAAUGGAACAAUGCCUUGAAACUGAUUUACAAUGUAAUAUAUGUUACGAAAUGUUCAUCAAGCCAACUGUGCUAAAUUGCUCUCAUACAUUUUGUCAUGAAUGCAUAGAGUCAUGGACCCGAAGAGUUAAUCACUGCCCAACAUGUCGAGUUUAUGUUAAAAAUAAAUCAUACUGUCUAACUUUAGAUACCUAUUUGGACAAAAUGGCUGACUGUUUACCAGAUGAAGUAAAAACAAGGAGGGAAACUCUAAAAGUUGAACGCAACAAUAACAGAGUAGAAGUGGUUAGCAGAAGUCGAAGAAAUAAUGCAAGGAGAAGAAGCCAUAGAAAUCAUUCCAUGCGUCAAACAUUGGGUGUGUUAUGGGGUGAACGUGAUAGAGAAGGUGCGGAAUGGAAUAUUGCUCUGGAAGAAGCACUAUUUGAUCCAGUACGUUUGGGCGAUGUACUUGGUAGAAAUAGAGAUGAUAGGGACGAGUGGGAUGAUGAAUUGUCUGAUACUACCCUAGACAGUUAUGAGUUCUUUUGCUCUUAUUGUGACAAUAUGGGCCACUCAGCUUCCAACUGCCCCAUAUCCAUAAUGGAGGAGACUGGUGAAAUAUGGUAGAGCUAACCGCUUUUUUCUACUAUCCCGUUAUUUGCUUGCAAUGAAGGCACAUUUUCCUAAUGCGCUUUUUUCUGGGACUAUAUUUAUAUAUCAUUUUUUUUACAUAUAUAUAUAUUAUAUUAUAAAUAAAAAUAUAAUAUUUGUAAUGUAACUGUUUUAAUUAUUAGAAGUAGUUUAUGUCAUAAAUCGGGGUAAACAUGUUUCACUCAUUUUUCCUCAACUUAUAUUUAUUAAUUGUUAAGCUAAGAUGAUUAAUUUAUGGAAUUGAUGUAUAUUUUUUUUAAUUUAUAUUAUUCAGGUCUUUAUAAUAAUAAUAUAAUAUAAAAUAAAUUAAAAUAUUUCUUAUAAACAUUAGUAAUACAGCUCUACUUUUUCCGUACUUUAGUUAUUUGUUUGCUUACAUUUAAAUGUGUUUGGAUUAAAUUUUUUUUGUCUAGUAUUUUUUUUUUUUUUUUUCAUCGUUAUUAUUAGAAAUUAUGAAUUAAUAAUACUAUUAUGUAAGGUAAUUAUAUUAUUGAAAUUCAUUUUGUAAAAUUAUUAUAUUUAUUUUCUGAUUAUGAUGCUUAAUAGAUUUGUACACCUAUUCACAAUUAAACAAAACUCGUUAAUUA